CGUUUGGCUAGUUCGCUAACAGCUACACAUUGUCCUCAACGCUUGGACGUAAGAGAGAACGGUGCAGGCUAGGAGAGGCAAGUUCUCUAGUUAAAAACGCCCUUGAUAGGUAUCUUGUUCUGGGUGUUGCUAUUUCUUAUUGCUUUUUGCUGCUUUCUUUUGACAGCCAUCAUACGAACUCUUUAAACGACAAACAAACAACAUCUGACCCUGUCUGUAGAGUACAAGCUGUCUGUCUGUCCAUCGACUCGAACCAAGGUACAAUUCGACGUACGGAAUCGUGACAGUUCAUUGAACGUUAGUUUUGCCUGUUAAAGUGGGUCUGUUUCAUUCAAUGUAUUUAUAUCUGCAAUGAGAGUUGACCUUCAAUGUCCUCAGGAAAGAUAAUGCCUCUACAGGCGUUUAAGGACUUCAACAAUAAUGACGAGAAUACGAAAAAAAGCGUGAGCUCUCUGAAAAAGAGUAUUAAUGAGGCAAAUGAAACGAAAAACAUCAACAAACCAAAAAAGAGCAAGAACUCUCGAGCCUUUGUUCAGGAGAGAGAUUAUAUGAAAAGGUUUUUUGACAAAAGUGAUAGUCUGUCACCGACAGAAUCACGCAGCCCUCCUUGGAUGGUCAGCAUUCGAGUCAGUCAUGAUACAAGUUUGGCUAUAGACGCGAUUUUGUACCCUAAAGCAAAGGCCAAAGAGCCACCGAUUAUGCCGCUCGAGGAUGCUACGACGGUGGAGUCAGACAAUGUUGUUAUGACAGAGGCACCCAAUAUCGUUCCCAAACAAAAAUCCACGAAAACACGUACAGUUACGCACCCCUUUUUUGAAAGAGUUCGGUCAAAAGUCUCAAAACCCUCUCGCUCUUCCUCCUUCGAUGGCCGGUUCACUGCUGUUGAGAAAGAGGAACAGAGAUUGCUAGAGCCUCUGUGGCCUACAAAGUCGACACAGACUCUGUUGGAGUAUAACUCAGAACCUGAUGCACGGCCGCUCUCGUUUCCGAAAGUACCGGAGCAAAGCGCGGCUCACACGCUCGACGAUACCGUUCUUGAUUUUAGUAUACUCACACCAGUCGCUCAAAAGCUCCGGAUUCCCCUUAAGGAGACCUUACUUCCAGAGACGGUUUUCAUAUCUCCAAGCAAGCUCGAGAGUCUGGCGUUUGAGGGCCUAAACUCCGCGCCGUCGUCAAUUGUUCAACACGCUUUGGAUAUAUUCACAAAAAAUUGGCAAUAUAAUUUCCAUGCCCGGAACCUGUGGACGAACACAUAUGCGCCAUCAAAUUCUACUUCCUGCUGUGCUGACCCCGCGGGUGUUAGUCGGUUAGAGGAGUGGUUGCGAUCUUUGAAGCUUACAAAACCUUUGAGCAAAAGUUCGCAGGACUCAGCUUUAGACUCAGGAUCGCUGAACAGUAAUACUUCCACUACGAAUGACUUUGGAGGCAGCGAAAGCGAAUUUGAUCCUGAUAUCGUUACUGACGAUGAUUCGGAAUUAAGCAGUAUUGGUCAACAUCGCGGAUUUAAGCAGAAUUGGAUGCUUUUGGUGGGUCCAAAUGGCUAUGGAAAAACUGCAAGUGUAUAUGCUUUAGCAAAGCAACUUAAGUUUGUCGUCUUUGAAAUCCAUUCGGGAAUGAGAAGAUCCGGCAAGGAUGUCCUUGACCAGAUUGGAGAAUUAACACAAAGCCAUAAUGUGGAUAAAUCUUCGUGGAAUAGCUACACGGACAGCUUGAUUCUGUUAGAGGAGGUGGAUAUUCUAUUUAAUGAGGACCGCGGAUUCUGGCAGGCCGUAUCCACUUUAACCCAAAAAUCAAAACGUCCGGUGAUUAUGACAUGCAACUCAACCGACUUAAUACCUGCUUCAUUCCUACUAGAGGAUCAUAUAAUUGAGUUCUCUCAGGUGCCGUCCAUACUAUUGGUCGAUUACGUAUCAACCGUUCUUUACGCAGAAGGCCAAAUAGUUUCGCGGAGUGCAAUUGAACUAUUAGACAAAUCAAGAAACCACGAUUUACGUGCCAUUCUUAUGCAACUUAAUUUUUGGUGUCAAAGCAACUUUAAUAAUGAGGUUUCUAAACAUCUCGCUCAUCCCAAUACAAACAAAGAUGCUUUACCUGUUUGCAUUGGGGCGUACAGUGACGGCAUGGGAUGGUUUAACGAGAGCUUAGAAUCCGAAGAAGAUAUGCUGCAUGCGUUUGAGUGCGAAUAUUCUGGUGAUCUCGGAAAUUAUUUCUGUCCAAAUGUCCUAGAUUGGAGAAUGUGCAAGCCUGAUGUAACGAAACUAAGUGACAGCUCUAGUAACUUGGAGGAUCUACUGCUCUUCAGCGAUUAUGCAAAUCACUUGUCCUUUAUCGAUGCUCACUGUUCUCAACGAUUCUCUAUGUAUUCGACCUUUAUUGCUACAGAUGAUGCCGAGUUCCUCGAAAGCAGGCAGCAAGGAUGUAAUAAUCAAAGCUCCCCUCCGCAAAAUACCGACGACAAUAUCAUAGGCUACCCAUCCAUCCCCGAACCAUUUGGAAAACUUUCUUCUCCAUCUUUUAUUGAAUGGCGUCCGGAGUUCCCAUUGUAUAGCUUAACAAGCACUUAUUUCUAUAAAGCUAAACCUAGCUUAUGUCAGCAUCAAGUGGCUACACUUCCUCUUUCCUCACAUUCGUUAUUCCUUUCCGCGUUGGCUUCUCGCAUGGAACCACGGUUGGACCCCGAUACCGUUUAUAACACUUUGUCCUUCUUAUCGUAUCCACACACGAGCCACAACAUUACCACUUUCCCACCAAAUUGCAUAGAUCGCAGUAACACAAUACUGUUAACUGAGGUUGCUCCCUUUGUAAGGCAAAUAGCGAACUCAGAUCUCCAACGUAUUAAUUCUCAUCGCUUGUUGGCUUCAGAAAGAGGCCGAUCCGGCUUACGACAAUUGCGGAACUUGGCAGCGCAUGCGUCACAUAGACUUGCGUUACAAGAAGAGCAGCUAAAGUACUUGAAAGGCAAUACUGCCAGUAUUAUUUCUACAUGGAUACCCGCAUUCCCUCAGAGUGAUGUGAAUAAUCAAGUGUAACAAUUUACAUAAAUAAACGCGUUAAUUAUCAUUUCGGUCAUUACUACUAAGGGUUUAAAUCGGUGGAAGGCGAGAUCUGCACAUCGGACAUAUGCUAUGCAAUUCCAUCCAUUGCAUUAGGCAUUGCCUGUGGUACAAGUGAUGACAAGGGGUGAGCUUGAGCAAUAGUUAGUACUUUGUUCAAAAAAAUAACUUUCAGUUAAACUUACCAUGUAAUUACGCCUUAACAUUAUGGAAGAUGGAUGCAGAGCAGAGCCUUCCGAAGGCAGUUCAAUCGUCUGCAUGCAAAUCGGACAAGUAUUGGAGUUACUGACUAGCGUUUCGAGAUCCUCAGUAUGAAUAACGGGGUGAUAAUCGUAAAUACUUUUGGAAGAAAAGAGCUGCAACAGUGUUAAUAUGCUUGCUAAAUGCAAGAUGUAAAACUUACGAAUGAAGGUAGGAAAAAACGCGGACCAAAAGACUCUUGCAAUAAUAAAAUGAUAACCUGCAUGAAAACAUAUGCCACAAUAGCAAGGCUAGCCUUAUAAUUAGGAGCAAAACCAAGUACAGGUUCACAAAGUAAGAGUAUAAUAAGGGGCAAUCCCUAAAGGUUAGCGAAGGUAAUUUUUUUUAAAAGCACAGUUAUCUUCAAAUAGUUUGUACUUACCAAACGGCAAACACUCAUGCCAACAAUGAAGGACCACGAAAAGCUACGGGAAGACCCAAGCGAGAUAUUCCGACAUAUUUGAGGAAUCCAAUAAGAGUUCAUGAAGAACAAUAGCAUCAUCAAAAGUCGGAAAGCAUAUUUAUGCGGGCGAGUGAGCACAAAUACAAACGCAUAACACAUGACGAAAAAGGAAACAUAGUACAGAGUGAAGAUAACGGAAACUAUCCGCCGGCUAUGACGGUUAUUGUUGACUUCGUUAUUCACCGUUUCCUCCUGUUCAUGUUCUUCACCUUCCUGAUUCUGUUCAUCUUCCUCAGCAGCAACGGCCUGUGCAGGCGCAGAAGGGCGAAUUAAGCCCUGUGCUUCAACAAUCAUGAAGAACGAGCGUGCAGACGGGAAAGCUGACAAGAAAAUGAAAAGGAAACCUAACGUGUACAUAAUUAAAUAACCUUUGGUCAUGCUUAGAGACAACGUCGUGAAACCAAUAGCAAUUUGAGAAUCAGUAGAUGUCUGCAUAGCAACCGUCAGGUAAGAAAGCCUGUAUGCAUAAGAGGAAGUCAAAUGAUUUAGUUCUUUCCAGGAAAAGUAAACCUGAAGGCAAACAAGUACGACAAAAAGACUGGCCAAAUGAAGUAGAUAAUCUUCAUAUUGAAUAUAGCUUGCGCCUUCUGCAUUUUUUAACGUAAAUCCAAGAUUGCAGUUAGGUGAAUAGAAUACUGCA